ACUGGCCCUUUAAGGGGGUGUGGUCGGGGGGCGGGGGAAGCAAGCGAGACAGAGAAAGCGGCUUCGGCGGCGGCGGCGGCGGCGGCUCGGGCGGCGGCCGCGGGGGACAAAGGGCGGGCGGAUCGGCAGGGAGGGGGCGGGGCGCGGCCAGGCCAGGCCCGGGGGCUCCGCAUGCUGCAGCUGCCCCCGGGCGCCCCUGCCGCCGCUCGCCGCCGAGCCGCGCGGAGCCGAGCCCGCAAGCUAACCCGAGCCAGCGGCCCGGAGCCAGCCGGCGGGCGUCCCGGAGGCGGCGGCGCAGGGAGGGGCCCGACGGCGCACGUGGCCCCGGCGGCCGCCAUGGCGGACAGCGGCCCCGCGGGGGGCGCGGCGUUGGCGGCCCCGGCCCCCGGACCAGGCAGUGGUGGCCCAGGGCCCCGCGUCUACUUCCAGAGCCCCCCUGGGGCUGCAGGCGAGGGCCCGGGCGGCGCAGACGACGAGGGCCCAGUGAGGCGCCAAGGGAAGGUCACAGUCAAGUACGACCGCAAGGAGCUACGGAAGCGCCUCAACCUUGAGGAGUGGAUCCUGGAGCAGCUCACUCGCCUCUACGACUGCCAGGAGGAGGAGAUCCCAGAGUUGGAGAUUGAUGUGGACGAACUCCUGGACAUGGAGAGUGAUGAUACCCGGGCUGCCAGGGUCAAGGAGCUGCUGGUUGACUGUUACAAACCCACUGAGGCCUUCAUCUCUGGCCUGCUGGACAAGAUCCGGGGCAUGCAGAAGCUGAGCACACCCCAGAAGAAAUAAGGGUCCUUGACCCCGGUGAAUGGUGGCUCCCACAGGACAAUCGCUGCCCCCCGACCUCGUAGCAACAGCAAUACCCGGGGGGGCCCUGCGGCCAGGCCUGGUGCCAUGAGCAGGGCUCCUCGUGCCCCUGGCCCAGGGGCCUCUUCCCUGCCCCCUCAGUUUUCCAUUUUUGGGGUUUUUUAUUGUUAUUAAACUGAUGGGACUUUU